AUGGAAAGGUUCCUCUCCCGCCGUGCCACCAAGCUUUACAAGUCGCCCAAGAGCAUGCUGGUGCAGUAUCUAGCGAUCGAGAGUCCUGGUUUCAGGCGUCCGCCCAUUCCGUACCUGCCCACAGACUGGCUCUGGACAUGGUCCCAGAACGUCGACGACGCCUUCUACGAGGGUCUCAAAUGGCUCUCGGUCGCGACUCGCAAGACCCACCCCACUCUCGAGCGGCUGGCCGAGCAGAUUCUCCAGCAAGGCCUUCGGGAAGCUCUUCCAGAGCGCUCCCAGCAGAUUUACCAUCCGGCCGAUCGAGGCAAGUUCGUCGUUUCGGGCGAGGAGGACCACUUGGCCCUCAUGGCCAGAGCCGCCGGUGUGAGCGUCGCUAUCGCCCAGCCUCUUGGGCCAUCGACCAACCCCCAGGGACUCUCCCUUCCGCCGGAGGACCGCCCUGCCGCUGACAUUGCCUUCCGCUGGCUUGCAGCCAGUGACCAAGAGCUCGCGCCGCCCGUUCACCUGGGCAGAUGGGCAGACAACUGGUACCACCUGGUACCAAAGAAGAAGAAGAUGCUUGCCUGGAUGGACUCGGAGGGCGUUGAUUGGAAGCUUGCCCACGCUCUUCUCGUCAAGAAGGGCUUCCGCCUCGACGAAAGAGGUUUCAUCACCACGUGCGCCUACGUCCGCCAAGUCAUGCGGAUGGGCAUGAAGAUAACUGACAUUGAUGGAGCGGUCAUGGAGAUGGCAGCCGCAGCGAAGAAAGGCCUCAAUCCGCUCAAGGCUCCCAAGGAAUGCAAGCUUACCCCCAACCCCAAUGCAGUGCUGAGCCUGGAAUGGCUUGAUUACGCCUUCCAGCUCAACGAAAUAGUCAGGCUGACGAAGGAAGACUUUGAGGAUGAGGAGGAAGCACGCAUUGUUGCUGGCCACAUUCAGCAUCUUCGAAGGGAGGUCAACAAGGAGAUCUCAGCAGCAGCCAUAAGAUUCCAAAAGCUCUGCAUCACGGAUGAGGAGGCCGCCGCCAUCGUCAAACAGUUGGCGAAUGAAAGGGCCGAAGCGGAGCAAAAGCUCCACACCCAUUCGUACACGCCGAAGCCGGUAAACCUGAAGGCCAAGGAGAUCAAACACACCCCGAGGACCCUGCGCAAGAAGAUGGGGUUUGAAAGAACCCAAGAAACCUUCACCUCCAGCGCCAAGGCAUCGGCAAGGAUGGCCAUGGCCUAUGACCUCGUGGAUCCAGAUGACAUCUCGUCGGACUCAAGCGACGAGGAAGAGGACGAUGAAAGCUGGCACUUUCUGAAGGACGACCUUGAGCGCCGUCAAGAUUGGAUGUUGCAGGAGGACGCGAUGCAAUACCAGAACGACGACGACUGGGUUGACCAAACGACGGAGCAGAACCUUGCCGCUUACGUAUAA